AAAAAAAAAAAAAAGAGAGGACGGGGGUGGUGUGGAAGGAAGGAAGGGGGAAGGUGGUGGCACGUGCAAAUCUCAUUAAAGCCGUUAAAAACUUGGUCUUCUCUUAUAACCAAAACUCACACCUACUUCUCUGCAAUUCCUUAAUAACUAAAUAGAGCUUUCCCCUAAGAUUUGUGUGCAUGAUCACAUUCACGCUCUUCUCUUCCGGCUUUUGACUCGAAAUGAUUCAUACCCACAAUACCAGUUUGAAGGAAUUCGAUUAAGAAAGCCUUCUUAGAUUUCAAUUCCUUUUUUUUUAGAUAUAUCUUCUUAUCUCAAGCAGAAGUUUGUUGAAAAGUAGAAUGAGUGAGGACCAAAAAUUCUCCUCUCUCUCGUUCACUAUUUAAUCCCAGAGCUGUUGAUCAAGCAAUUCUUACAUUGCAGUAUUAUUUUAGAAGCCCAAAAGAAUUCGGCAAUGGCUGGCAUCGGGCAUGGAAACGGAUACAUAAAUGGGAUAGCUUCGAUCAGGCAUCCUGCUGCUAUAUCUGAAGUUGAUGAAUUCUGCAAUGCUCUUGGUGGCGAGAAGCCAAUCCAUAGUAUUUUGAUCGCAAACAAUGGUAUGGCAGCCGUAAAGUUUAUGCGUAGUGUGAGAACGUGGGCUUAUGAGACGUUUGGCACGGAGAAGGCAAUCUUGUUGGUGGCCAUGGCCACAUCAGAGGACAUGAGAAUCAAUGCGGAACACAUUAGAAUUGCUGAUCAGUUUGUUGAAGUUCCUGGUGGGACUAACAAUAAUAAUUAUGCCAACGUACAGCUCAUUGUUGAGAUGGCAGAGAUAACACAUGUUGAUGCAGUUUGGCCUGGUUGGGGCCAUGCAUCCGAGAACCCCGAGCUUCCUGAUGCACUAAAUGCAAGAGGAAUAGUAUUCUUAGGGCCGCCAGCUACGUCUAUGGCUGCAUUAGGAGAUAAAAUUGGUUCAUCAUUAAUUGCUCAAGCAGCAGAAGUUCCCACCCUUCCAUGGAGUGGCUCUCAUGUGAAAAUUCCUCCAGAAAGUUGCGUUACAAUCCCAGAUGAAAUAUACAGGGAAGCAUGUGUUUAUACAACAGAAGAAGCAAUUGCUAGUUGUCAAGUUGUUGGUUACCCUGCAAUGAUCAAGGCAUCAUGGGGUGGCGGCGGUAAAGGCAUAAGAAAGGUCCACAAUGAUGACGAAGUUAGGGCCCUGUUCAAGCAAGUUCAGGGUGAAGUUCCUGGUUCUCCAAUAUUUAUAAUGAAGGUCGCAUCCCAGAGCCGACAUCUCGAAGUCCAGUUGUUAUGUGAUCAAUAUGGAAAUGUUGCAGCUUUGCAUAGUCGUGAUUGUAGUAUUCAAAGACGACAUCAGAAGAUUAUUGAAGAGGGUCCAAUAACUGUAGCUCCUCUAGAGACGGUGAAAAAGUUGGAGCAGGCUGCUCGAAGGUUGGCUAAAUGUGUUAACUAUGUUGGAGCAGCUACUGUUGAGUAUCUAUACAGUAUGGAUACUGGCGACUACUAUUUCUUAGAGCUCAACCCUCGAUUACAGGUGGAGCACCCUGUUACUGAGUGGAUUGCUGAAGUAAAUCUUCCAGCAGCCCAGGUUGCAGUUGGGAUGGGCAUCCCUCUCUGGCAAAUUCCUGAAAUAAGACGGUUUUAUGGAAAGGAACAUGGUGCUGGAUAUGAUUCUUGGAGAAAGACCUCAAUUCUUGCCACCCCAUUCGAUUUUGACAAGGCAGAAUCUACUAGGCCAAAAGGUCAUUGUGUUGCUGUGCGUGUAACAAGUGAGGACCCAGAUGACGGUUUCAAACCUACUAGUGGGAAAGUACAGGAGUUGAGUUUUAAAAGCAAGCCAAAUGUUUGGGCAUACUUCUCUGUUAAGUCUGGAGGAGGGAUUCAUGAAUUCUCAGAUUCUCAGUUCGGACAUGUUUUUGCAUUUGGCGAGUCUAGAGCUCUGGCUAUUGCAAAUAUGGUUCUUGGGCUGAAGGAAAUUCAAAUUCGAGGAGAAAUCCGUACCAACGUUGACUACACAAUUGAUCUCUUACAUGCUGUAGACUACAGAGAAAACAAAAUCCAUACUGGUUGGUUGGACAGCAGAAUAGCCAUGCGAGUGAGAGCAGAAAGGCCACCUUGGUAUUUGUCAGUUGUUGCGGGGGCUUUAUAUAAAGCGUCUGCUAGUAGCGCAGCAAUGGUUUCGGAUUAUGUGGGUUAUCUCGAAAAGGGGCAAAUACCACCCAAGCACAUAUCCCUCGUCCACUCACAAGUGUCCUUGAACAUUGAAGGAAGCAAAUACACGAUUGACGUGGUACGUGGGGGACCGGGAAGCUAUAGAUUGAGGAUGAAUGAGUCAGAGAUUGAAGCUGAGAUACAUACCUUACGUGAUGGAGGUUUACUGAUGCAGUUGGAUGGAAAUAGUCACGUGAUAUAUGCAGAGGAAGAAGCAGCUGGAACUCGCCUUCUCAUUGAUGGAAGGACAUGCUUGCUUCAGAAUGACCACGAUCCAUCUAAGCUUGUAGCAGAGACGCCAUGCAAACUGCUUAGGUAUUUGGUUUCUGAUGGUUCUCAUGUUGAUGCUGACACACCAUACGCUGAGGUUGAGGUUAUGAAGAUGUGUAUGCCUCUACUUUCACCUGCUUCUGGAGUUAUCCAAUUUAGAAUGUCCGAAGGUCAAGCUAUGCAGGCUGGUGAACUUAUAGCAAGGCUCGAUUUAGAUGACCCUUCAGCUGUAAGAAAGGCAGAACCUUUCAAUGGGAGCUUCCCUAUCUUGGGGCUUCCAACUGCCAUUUCCGGUAAAGUUCAUCAGAAAUGUGCUGCAAGUAUAAAUGCGACCCGGAUGAUUCUUGCAGGUUAUGAGCAUAACAUUGAUGAAGUAGUUCAAAACUUGCUCAAUUGCCUUGAUAGUCCUGAACUCCCUUUCCUUCAAUGGCAAGAGUGCUUGUCUGUUCUUGCUACCCGUCUUCCCAAAGAUCUAAAGAAUGAGUUGGAAUCAAAAUAUAAGGAGUUCGAGGCAAUUUCAAGCUCUCCAAAUGUUGACUUCCCUGCCAAACUAUUGCGGGGUAUCCUUGAAGCUCACCUGUCCUCCUGUCCUGAUAAAGAAAGAGGAGCCCAAGAAAGGCUUAUUGAACCUUUAAUGAGCCUUGCGAAGUCUUAUGAGGGUGGAAGAGAAAGUCAUGCACGCAUUAUUGUUCAGUCCCUUUUCGAAGAGUAUUUGUCAAUUGAAGAAUUAUUUAGUGACAACAUUCGGGCUGAUGUAAUAGAGCGUCUUAGACUUCAAUAUAAGAAAGAUCUGUUGAAGAUUGUGGACAUCGUGCUUUCUCAUCAGGGUGUCAAGAGUAAGAAUAAGCUGAUACUACGACUCAUGGAACAACUGGUUUAUCCCAACCCUGCUGCAUAUAGGGAUAAACUAAUUAGGUUCUCUGCACUUAACCAUACAAAUUAUUCUGAGUUGGCACUGAAGGCAAGUCAGCUGCUAGAGCAAACCAAAUUGAGUGAACUUCGUUCAAACAUCGCGAGAAGUCUUUCAGAAUUAGAGAUGUUUACUGAGGAUGGUGAAAGCAUGGAUACUCCCAAAAGGAAAAGUGCCAUCAAUGAACGAAUGGAGGAUCUUGUAAGUGCUCCUCUGGCAGUUGAAGAUGCCCUUGUAGGUCUGUUUGAUCAUACUGAUCACACCCUGCAGAGGCGGGUUGUGGAGACUUACGUUCGUAGAUUAUAUCAGCCCUAUCUGGUAAAGGGAAGUGUUAGAAUGCAGUGGCACAGAUCUGGCCUCAUUGCCUCGUGGGAGUUCUUGGAAGAGCAUAUUGAGAGAAAAUAUGAGAGUCAAGUUGAAGCAUCUGAUAAACCGUUGGUUGAAAAACACAGUGAGAGAAAAUGGGGAGUCAUGGUGAUAAUCAAAUCUCUCCAAUUCUUACCAGCAAUUAUUAGUGCUGCACUGAGGGAAACAGCUCACGCCCUCAAUGACACAACUCCAAAUGAAUCUCUUCAACCAGAAAGCUACGGGAAUAUGAUGCAUAUUGCAUUAGUUGGUAUCAACAAUCAGAUGAGUCUACUCCAGGAUAGUGGUGAUGAAGAUCAGGCCCAAGAGAGAAUUAACAAGUUAGCAAAAAUAGUUAAAGAGAAAGAAGUGGCCUCCAGUCUCCGCGGUGCAGGUGUUGGGGUGAUUAGUUGUAUCAUACAGAGGGAUGAAGGGCGGACCCCUAUGAGGCACUCCUUUCAUUGGUCUUCGGAAAAGCUCUAUUAUGAGGAAGAGCCUCUAUUACGUCAUUUGGAACCUCCACUGUCCAUUUAUCUUGAAUUGGACAAGCUUAAAGGUUAUGAGAACAUUCGGUAUACCCCAUCCAGGGACCGUCAAUGGCACUUGUACACUGUUGCAGACAAACCUCUACCAACACAAAGGAUGUUUCUUAGAACACUCGUUAGACAGCCCACAACAAAUGAAGGGUUUACUGCCUAUCAAGGGCUAGACAUGGAAGCGACACGUAACCAGUGGGCUCUUCCUUUUACUUCAAAGGGCAUUUUGAGGUCCUUAAUGACUGCAAUGGAGGAAUUAGAACUCAAUGCACACAACACUACCCUCAAAUCUGACCAUGCUCAUAUGUACCUUUAUAUCCUACGUGAGCAACGAAUAGAGGAUCUUGUGCCUUACCCCAAGAGAGUUGAUGUAGAUGCAAGCCUAGAAGAAACUGCUGUUGAAGCGAUUUUGGAAGAACUGGCAUGCCAAAUUCAUGUAUCAGUCGGUGUAAGGAUGCACAGAUUAGGUGUUUGUGAGUGGGAAGUGAAGCUUUGGAUUGCAUCUUCUGGACAGGCAAAUGGUGCUUGGCGAGUUGUAGUAACAAACGUGACUGGUCAUACAUGCACUGUACAUAUAUACCGAGAACUUGAGGACACCAGCCAACACAAAGUGGUGUACAGUUCAAUCUCUACACGGGGUCCUCUGCAUGGUGUGCCAGUGAAUGCACAGUAUCAGCCUUUGGGAGGUCUUGACCGCAAACGUCUUGUGGCCAGGAAGAGCAACACCACUUACUGCUAUGAUUUUCCUCUGGCAUUUGAGACGGCCUUGGAACAAUCAUGGGCAUCUCAAUUCCCCAGUAUCAAAAAACCCAAAGACAAACCUAUUCUCAAAGUCACGGAACUCAUAUUUGCUGACCAGAAAGGUACCUGGGGCACUCCUCUUGUUGCUGCAGAGCGUGCACCUGGUCUCAAUGAUGUUGGUAUGGUUGCUUGGGUUAUGGAGAUGUCAACUCCCGAGUUCCGUUCUGGAAGGUCAAUUUUGAUUGUUUCGAAUGAUGUGACCUAUAAAGCCGGGUCUUUUGGCCCAAGAGAGGAUGCUUUCUUCCUUGCUGUAACUGAUCUUGCUUGUGCGAAGAAACUGCCGUUGAUUUACUUGGCAGCAAACUCUGGUGCCCGUCUCGGUGUAGCUGAUGAAAUCAAAUCCUGUUUCAAAGUUGGUUGGUCUGAUGAACUAAGCCCUGAGCGUGGUUUCCAGUAUGUAUAUUUAACCCCUGAGGAUUAUGCUCGCAUUGGAUCGUCUGUGAUAGCACACGAGUUAAAGCUAGCAAGUGGAGAAAUCAGAUGGGUUAUAGAUACAAUUGUUGGGAAAGAUGACGGUUUAGGGGUUGAGAACUUGUCAGGAAGUGGGGCCAUUGCCAGUGCAUAUUCAAGGGCAUAUAAGGAAACCUUUACCUUGACUUAUGUGACUGGAAGAACCGUUGGAAUAGGUGCUUAUCUUGCUCGACUAGGGAUGCGGUGCAUACAGAGGCUUGAUCAGCCCAUUAUUCUAACUGGUUUCUCGGCUUUGAACAAACUUCUUGGGCGGGAGGUGUACAGCUCCCACAUGCAACUUGGUGGACCUAAAAUUAUGGCAACUAAUGGGGUCGUCCAUCUGACAGUUUCUGAUGAUCUUGAAGGCAUAUCUGCUAUUUUGAAAUGGCUUAGCUAUGUUCCUCCUUAUGUAGGUGGUCCCCUUCCCAUUUCACAUUCCUUGGAUCCUCCAGAAAGGCUUGUUGAGUACUUCCCUGAAAACUCUUGUGAUCCCCGUGCUGCCAUUUCUGGCGCUUUGGAUGGCAAUGGAAAGUGGUUGGGAGGUAUUUUUGAUAAGGAUAGCUUUGUGGAGACACUAGAAGGCUGGGCAAGAACUGUUGUUACAGGAAGAGCGAAGCUCGGAGGAAUACCUGUAGGAAUAGUUGCUGUCGAGACACAGACAGUGAUGCAAGUUAUACCUGCUGAUCCGGGUCAACUUGAUUCCCACGAGAGGGUUGUUCCCCAGGCUGGACAAGUAUGGUUUCCUGAUUCAGCAACUAAGACAGCACAAGCACUGUUAGAUUUCAACAGAGAAGAGCUCCCACUUUUCAUUCUUGCCAACUGGAGAGGAUUUUCAGGUGGGCAGAGGGACCUUUUUGAAGGGAUCCUUCAGGCUGGUUCAACCAUUGUUGAAAACCUCAGGACAUACAACCAACCAGUGUUCGUAUACAUCCCCAUGAUGGGCGAGCUUCGUGGUGGGGCAUGGGUGGUCGUUGACAGUCGAAUUAAUUCAGACCAUAUUGAAAUGUACGCCGAUCAAACUGCUAAGGGUAAUGUCCUUGAGCCAGAAGGGAUGAUUGAGAUCAAAUUUAGGACGAGGGAGCUACUUGAGUGCAUGGGCAGGCUUGACCAACAGCUGAUCAAUCUGAAGGCAAAACUUCAGGAAGCCAGGAGCAGUGGCACACACGGGCUGAUUGAAUCCCUACAACAGCAGAUAAAAACCCGUGAAAAGCAGCUUUUGCCUGUGUACAUUCAGAUAGCCACAAAAUUCGCAGAACUGCACGACACCUCCCUGAGGAUGGCUGCUAAAGGUGUAAUUAGAGAAGUUCUUGAGUGGGGCAACUCUCGGCCUUUCUUCUAUAAGAGACUGCUGCGGAGAAUUGCAGAGGAGUCGUUGAUCAAGACAGUAAGAGAGGCUGCCGGAAACCAGCUGCCACAUAAGUCCGCAAGGGACUUGAUCAUUAGUUGGUUUUCAGAUUCCGUUGUUUCGAGAGGCAGAGAAGAUGCUUGGUUGGAUGAUGAGGCUUUCUUUAGAUGGAAGGGUGAUCCACAGAAUUACGAGGAUAAACUAAAGGAACUGCGGGUCCAAAAGGUACUGCUUCAGUUAUCAAACAUUGGCACCUCAACUUCAGAUUUGCAAGUUCUACCUCAAGGUCUUGCUGCCCUUCUAAGCAAGGUGGACGCCAACAGCCGUUCACAAUUGAUUGAAGAACUACGGAAGGUGCUCAAUUAGUUUGGUGAAACUGGUGCUUGCGCCUUGAUAAACGUAUUAUUUUUUCUUCAUCUUCCUCGCACUAGAUUUUACAAGGGAAAGGCAUUUUGCCUGCCAUAUGGAUUAUUGAUUAGAAAACGCUUCGAGUCUUGGAAGCCGAUGAUCCUAUAUGGACUGGUUUCCGUCUCUCCCCAAAAUGUAAAUUUUAUUUUUAUUUUGUUCUUUUUUUGGGAGUAAAAAUAAAGAGGUAUAUUUGUAAUGUAUGAGCGAUUCAGUUACGAGAGUUCGAACCAUGUAAUUUGUUGAUCAUGCAAAUUUCCUGUUGGUCAAGCAUGAAGUUCUGCCUGUAUCAGCUUCAUGUGUGCCGGUAUUUUAUUCGUAA